UUAAUCUAUCAUCAAAGCAAUCUAUUAACUUUCCACUACCAAUAAGACGAUGAAGCAAACUAUCUUCUUUUCUCUCCUCCUAGUACUAUUUACUACCAUAUUUUCUACCAUCACUUUAGCCCAGUCACCUGCUGCAGCCCCUAAAGCCCCAGCAAAACCGGCUCCUGCCACACCAGCUUCAGCACCGGCAAAACCAUUAGUCCCUUCACUACCCCAAUCACCCACGUCUGAUUCUUCUUCUGGUCAAGACAUCAUCAAAAUUCUAAGGAAGGCUAAAUCAUUCAACACACUUAUCCGUUUGCUCAAAACUACCCAGAUCAUCAACCAAAUCAAUGCACAGUUGGUAACUUCAAAAUCUGGUGGUUUAACCAUAUUUGCUCCUGAUGAUGGUGCUUUCUCACAACUCAAAGCUGGUUACUUCAACUCUCUGGCUGAGCGCCAACAGAAAGAACUCAUACAGUUCCAUGUUCUUCCAGUUUAUGUCUCAAGCUCUAACUUUGAUUCUCUUAGCAACCCUGUGCUGACACUGGCCAGUGAUAGCCCAACCGGGUAUCAAAUAAACGUAACUGCUUAUGGGAACAGUGUGAAUAUUUCAACUGGGGUGGUCAAUGCCACCCUCACAGGCAUUGUUUACUCUGAUAAGACACUUGCCAUAUACCAUGUGGACAAGGUGCUUAUUCCUUUGGACUUCUCUAAGCCUAAGGCGGCAGCUCCAGCACCCAGUUUGGCAAAGGCACCUAAAGCUGAUAAGGAGAACUCAUCUGCAGAAGAUGAUGAUCAGGGAGACACAAAAAAGGCCACUUCUGGUGCGAAUGCCAUCAAUUUAACUCAAGGAACAAUGUUGGUAUCCCUCGGCGCUGCUUUAGUUGCUGCAGUAACGAUCUUCAGUUGACGAAAAUCCAUUUGCAGGCUCAGACAAAGCACUGUUAUUGUUUCUUUUUUACCGGAAUUUUGCUUAUGCCCUUUUCUUGGUUUCGUUUGUUUUGUCCUUGGAAAAGUGUUGUUUGAGAGAUAUGUGAACCUUGCCUCAUUUUCAUCAUAGUUUUAUAGUAAGAAUAUGAUUAUUUUAUAGUAACACUGAAUGG